UUCGGCGCUAUGCUCCGGCACGGGGCGAGCCUUUCGACUCAGUUUUAACGCGCACGUUUUAUGAAACGACAACUAUGCGUCGAGGACCGCUCGCCGGCGAUAAUAAUUAUUCAUAUCGGAACCGCUUCUAGCGACCGAAAUAGCAACGCGGUAAACAAAUUCGCAUUUUAUUGCCAAUCCUCUUUGUUGAUUAUAAAUUGAUUUUAUUUAUUUGUUUUUUUACAAGCCGUCCGCAUGUCCGUGAGCCGGCGCGAGUUGUCUCCGCGAAUCUUAAUAGCAGUUAAUCAUAGUUUAUUUUUACCGCGCAACGUGUGUUAAUAAUUGUGCUGGGGCCACUUGUCGCCGGUUUUUAUUUCGCUAUCGUGUUUGAUAAAAUUCGCGAAUGCGGAAGUAGUUAGAUUUAAAAAUAAAUGAGUACAAGUUCGAUAUUUGAAAAUGAGACAAUAAGUUGGCGUAAAAAGUUAACAAUUGGCAAAAUUCCUAGGCGCGACGUCCGAUUGUAAAGUAAAAAAAUGACAGUUCUAAUUUUAAAAGGGUGAUUACCACGUGAUUCUUAUCUGGACUUUUUCGAAAUUGGAAUUCGCGUUUUGGCGGGAACGAUUGCCGGAGGUGUUAACGAAGAAGUAGGCUGCACAGAAAGUUUGGAAAAGUGUUGAGUACACAUUGGAUGUUGGAGAGUGUUUUUUCAACGCGUUUUCGAGGCUAAGCGCUAGUUGUUUGAACAAGUGUGUUUUCUAAUGGAUUUAUUUUGAGAUUGUAUUCAUAACAUUGGAGUUAAAUUGCUUCAGUCAUUCGAGGACUGCGAUAGAGGUGUGCCGCAGGGCAGCGUUCUAGGCCCACCUAAAUGUUCGAGUGAAGUGGUUUGAUUAAGACUGUGUUUCUGGAUGUGUCUCCAGAGAGACGAAGAGAAUGUUGGCCACAUAGAAUCGAGACCAAUGGUGCAGCUACCAAUACUGGAAAUGGAGUGUUUAUAACAGAAACAAUAAAUCGGAGUUAGAAAAGUGAUCAGUGAAAUCUAGUAAAAUAGUAAAUUAUGAUGGCUCAUAGCUAAUGAUAGUUAUUAAUUAAAGUGAUCUAAGAAGUGAAGUUUCGUGUGAAAAUAAGGACUUAGAAGAGGACUAUCAUCGAAAUGUUGUACGCAGUGAGACAGGGUCCGGAGCCGGCACUGAACUCAAACCCUGGUGGCGCAGCAAAGCCACCGCUACUCAACUCAUUCGAGCUGGACCGCUGUCUGGACCGAGAGGAUUCCGGCAGGUGGGGCGACGCGGCGCGCCGUCGCCGGCGCAGCUCGCCCCCGCGCCGCGCCUCACCCCCGCGAGACCAUGAGCCGCUCGCUCUUGCCAGGGCGUCAGCGCCAACCUCCCCAGCGGUAUCAGCGCACUCGAGUCCGGCGCCCGGGUCCCCCGGGGGGAGCGGGGCGGGGGCAAGGUCCCCCCUGCCCCUGGUCCCCCCGGACCUGCUCGCGAUGCAGCUGUUGGACCAGCACUCCCAGCUCCAAGCCCUGAUGAAGCAGAGGCUGUUUCAUCAGCACCAUAUGCAGAAACAGCACAUGUCAUCGGAGGCAGCCAAAAGGCAGUUGGAGCAGUCUCGUCUUCAAGACCAGAUCAAUCUAAAUCUGCUCUCGCAGUCACACCUCCCGCCUCCUGACACUUCUCCUGGUUCUCUCCAGCAACAACUGGGGGCACAGCAACAGCAGCUGGUCCAGCAGCUGCAAGCUGUCCAGCGCCAGUACCUGAUGCACGGCUCACUGCCAGUCCCGCCGAACGCUCCGCCUGGUCUGAUGCUAUGGGGAAGUGAGAUGGAAGAACACCCUCUGUUCGGACGAGGGGUCUGCAAGUGGCCCGGUUGUGAUGCUCUCGCCGAAGACUACCAAGCAUUCCUCAAACAUCUGGAAGCAGCCCACACCUUGGACGAUAGAUCGGCAGCGCAGGCGCGAGUCCAGAUGCAGGUGGUGGCCCAACUCGAGCUGCAGCUGCGGCGGGAGCGCGACCGACUGGCCGCCAUGAUGAGACACCUGCACGCCGCCAGGGACUCCUCGCACCACGCCGUCAAACCUCAUGGAGCAGCAAGUGAAGGCGCUUCACCAGGGCCAGUUCGACGACGCGUCUCUGAUAAAUCUGGCGUCGCUAUAGCUGGAGAGAUUCAACGUAACCGUGAGUUUUACAAGACGGCUGAUGUUAGACCUCCAUUCACAUACGCGUCGUUGAUUCGACAAGCCAUAAUAGAGUCUCCAGACAAGCAGUUGACUUUAAACGAGAUCUACAACUGGUUCCAGACAACUUUCUGUUACUUUAGGCGUAACGCGGCCACUUGGAAGAAUGCGAUCCGGACGAACCUGUCUCUGCACAAAUGUUUCGUGCGCUACGAGGACGACUUCGGAUCGUUCUGGAUGGUCGACGACGCGGAGUUCGUGAAGCGCCGGCACCUGAGCCGCGGCCGCCCGCGCAAGUACGAGCCCGCGCCGCCCGCCAACGCUCCGCCACCACAAUUCUUGGGAGCUCAAAGUCCACCAAUGAUGACAAGCCCUCACGGUUACAGCGAAGCUAUUAAGCGAAAUAUUCAGGGCAUGAUGGAAGACUGCAACCUUUCGUACAUGUCUGGGGAGGACCACAUGAUGCAGACAGAUGAAUAUCCCUCGUCUCAUGAUGACUAUAGACCCUUGAUGAAUGGCUACGGCAACAGCAGUUCAUCUCACGAGGUCAAAGCCGAAGAUUUGAGUGCCUCAGAGGCUCAAGAUAUCAAGCCUAAUAUAUACGCACUGAAAACUGAGAUGCAGGCAUCUGAUUAUUCAAACAAAGGUGACUAUUCAAACUCCAACAAGGAGUCUUCCAGUAACCGAUCAGGCGAGACCAGCCCAUACGACGACUACCCACGGUCUGAAGACAGAUAUCGACCCUCUAUAUCACACAUCAAAGACGAAGCUGAAAAUUUGUCACUCAAUGAACAGAGAUCUGACAAGUAAAAUCUAGUACGCCCUAUAGCUCUAUCCGGAUCAACGCAAUAACUAGACUUAUCUGAAGCCGGAAAUAUCCAGUAAAAACUGCUUUAUUCUAGAUGCAUCUAGUUUGAAAGUGAUAUCGAUUGAAAAAAGUGAAGUGUUCGUUUAGCAAUGCGAUGACCUCGGACAUUUAGUCCACAGUGUUAGCUAUAUUAAUAUCACAGUAUGUAAUACAGUUUAAUAUUUACGGGUCUAGAUAUAUUUCAAGUUAUAUAGAAUGGUGUUUUAGAAAGUGUAAUGUGUUCACUGUUGGACUUUUUUAUGUAAAAGGACGAUCUCCGCAAGGAAUUGUGUGUGUAACCAAAUAUAUAUUUUUGUUCUUUUUUAUUAACCCGGUUUUAACGGGAUUCUUUGAAGUAUUAUAGGUUUUAUUUUCUUUCGAGUUUAGUUUCGGUAGCUGUAAUUCAGAUAUUUGUUAGUGAUAUAUUUAUAGUAUAAGUGUUAGUAAAUUCUAGAAACGAAUUGAGCAGAUAAACAGUCAACGAUUUAUAACCUUUAAAGGUCCAUAUCAAUAUUUAAAAUAUUUAAUCAUCUUGUAAUAUAAUAGUAAGAACAAUAAGUAGUUGUAUUGGCCUAAAUAUAAAUUGUGUAGACGAAAAUUCUUUUUUUUUUUUUCAAAAUUUUACGCAUAGCGUUCAGUUUGUGAUUUGCAUUUAAAAUAUUUGAGCGCAAAUUAUUCUACUUAUUUUUCAACACCCGAAAGAUCUCAAUGAAGAAAAAUUUAUACGUUGAAUCGAGAAUAAAAAUGUGAGUUUGUUACAAUUUCUUAUUUUCUUAAAAUGUUGUUUUUGUGAUUGCAAUUUGACAAUGAUCUGAAAAAUAUAUUUUUUUUUAUUUUUUCUUUUUUUUUGCGUUUGCAAAACGGUGUGUCAUAAGAAAGGCACUGUACGUUUGAAUUUUUUUUUUUUAAUUUCAAGGAAUUGUUUUAUUAGACUCUAAGACUUUAAUGUAAAUAUUUAUCAUGGACGUCAUGAGCUGUAAAUUCUUUAAAAGGUUAUAUUUAGAAGAGUGUAACGUUUACUUAUUAUAACUAUUACAUCGUUCAUGUUGUAGAAAAUUUAGAAAAAAAAAUCAAUACUUAGUGACUAGUAAAAAUUUUCGCCGUAAACUACCUACCGUAAAUUUCUACUGUUUUUUUUUCGUGCAUUUCCAAUAAGUACUGCAUUUAUACAAUUAUUAUAAUAUAAAUAAUAAUAUAAUGUAAAGAAAGUUAUGUUGUGAUAAAUUUUGGUUUAUUGUGGAAUUCGAUAAUCUUUAUAAUACGAUAACAUACCUAAAUAAGAAGGGUGAAAAUAAUCAUAUCACUGCUAUAUAUGUAUACCUAUUGUAACAAUGUAGACAUCAAUUCGAUUGGUAAUUUAUAUGUAUAUCGAAUUUGUAAUAUUUAAACACAUUGUGUAAAACUGUAGAAUGUUUGAAGCGCCUUAAUGUAUGUGUUUUUUCUUUAUAAUUUAUAAAAUACUUCAUAUUUUGAACUUAUUUGUUUUCCCGUCGUAUAAAUAUUGCCUAUGCAUAUUAAGAACCACAAAUACCAAUUUUAUUGUCCGCCUGCUCUUUUAAUUAAGUAAUAAAAUAUAUAUAUCAUAGGAUACAAUAGUCAAGCAGUUUAUUGUAAUAGUUGUAAUACCCGUGCUUCUUUCUCUUCACAUAAAAGAGGACAUUUAAAUUCGAUGUUAAAUAUUCACAUCAUUAAUAUUCAAAUAUUUAUUGACAAUGAAAACUGCGUUUACCAUAAGUUGAAGUACAACGUACCAACGAUUUUACAUAUUUUUUUAUUAAGUAUAUGCACGAAAAAUUUGUCAUAUUUUUUGCGGAAUUGAUUGUUAUAAAUUUAUUUUGCCGAUUAGCGGAGUUUUGCUGUGUCGUGGUAGAUGGCUCUGAGGGGAAUGCGUGAAAGAGAUAGUUAUACGCUAUGUUAUAUGCUACAUCGUUAAGUGGGAGAGAGAGAAAGGUAUGUCCCCCGACUCGCGGCUGUUUUGGCGCCCAACGUGGUGCGAGAAUACAUUUAUUGAUCAUUGUAAAUUAUACUUAAUUAGUGUUGUAUUAAACAAAAUCAUUACAAUUAA